AUGUCGUUCUACGACGUGUCCAUCAGCUUGCCUGCCAAGGUGCGAGGCCCAGAAGCUGAAGAAGAGUGGCAAGAGGUGGACUGGGUGACGUGGAGCACCGGAUCUGUGACAGUUGAGCCAGAGUCGUUUCUCAUACUCUUCAAACCCGUGGGAGGUGGCAAUGUCAAGGCCAAAACCUUAGGCAACUUGGUCCGGGCUUCCAGCGUUGUGCAUGAAGGCCAAGACGUGAAGACACUGAUUGUCACAACUUCUGAGUCGCUGCACAAGACGUUUCGGCUGACUUUCUCGUCUGGGGCAGACACCACGGAGUUCUUGGACUUGGCCUGCCAAGCAGAGCGAGCUCAUGAGGCUGCCAGCAAGCUUCAGGAUACAUGUGGUGUCGAUUCUUCAGCUGAAGCCGCCAGGUUGGAGUUGCAAAUCCGGACGAGGUUGGCCAAUCGUUGGCCCUUGGUCUUCACAGGUGCAGAACUCUAUGGACCAGAUCCAAAUAGUGAAGUCAGCACGGAGGUUUUGCUGGGCCGUGGUGCUUUGGUGCUUCUGGAUCCUCCUGAGACAGCGAACAAGGUUGGUAGUUACGAGCUUUUGUUCUACUGUGAGGACGAGGACUCAAAGCCUAGCCAAAGCUUUACUAUAUCGCCGGAGAUGACACUGACAAGGCAAGAAGAAGAGGAUGAAGGACUCGCAGUGUCCUACAUCUUGAAGGGUCCUUCCAUGAAAGCUGCAUAUUCUUUGUGCUUCGAGGACAAGUCAACAGCAGGAAACUUUGUGCGAGAUUUCAGAGUUCGAUCCAGACUCAUGGACAUGUCACUGAAAACAGUUCGAGGUCGAGCAGCAGCUCAAGACCUUCGAAAAGAUCUAGAGAGCAUGAAGCAAAGAAGUCUAGCUGCACGAGCAUGCAGGGCGCUUCGGCUGCUUUUCCUCGUUGCGACACUGCUCCUAGCAGCAAGAGCUGCUCAUUUGUUUUCGCAAAACAGUGAGCGACAGCCCAUGGAGUACUUGUCUACAAUUGGUGAAGACAUUAGCGGCACUCUCCACUUGUCGGCAUCUGCAACAUCUACUGCUGGCACAAAGGUGUGCGAAGUUGCAUUCGGCACAGUGGAUCGGGCUGGGUUGCGACAGUGCAGCAAAGAGACAUCAGCUUCGAGCAUGCGGCAAUGCAUCGACUCACUGGUGGGCUAUGCACCAGUGAUGGGCUGGUGA